AUGCGAUUGUGGUGGAUUUUACUGCUUGGUCUUUGGAGUGCCUGUGGGGAACUGCCAUUCAUAGCGGAGAACAAUGCAGCUAUGUUGGUCAACUGGAGUGCUGUUGAUGGGAACAAAAAGCUGUACGCCAUCUAUGACACAAGCGUCAACGAACCGGGGAACAUGUCUUUUGUCAAAGAGACGGUGGAUAAACUGCUGAAAGGGUACGAUAUUCGUCUCCGGCCAGACUUUGGAGGUCCACCGGUUGCUGUUGGCAUGAGCAUAGACGUGGCCAGUAUAGACAUGGUGUCAGAAGUCAACAUGGACUACACGUUGACUAUGUACUUCCAGCAGUAUUGGAGAGACAAGAGGCUGGCCUACGCAGGGAUCCCCCUCAAUCUGACACUGGACAACAGAGUAGCAGACCAGCUUUGGGUCCCUGACACCUAUUUCCUCAAUGACAAGAAGUCCUUUGUGCACGGAGUCACCGUGAAGAACCGUAUGAUUCGACUCCACCCUGACGGCACCGUUCUCUACGGCCUCAGAAUCACGACGACGGCAGCCUGCAUGAUGGAUCUGAGGAGAUACCCCCUGGAUGAACAGAACUGCACUCUGGAAAUUGAGAGCUACGGUUACACAACAGAUGAUAUAGAGUUCUACUGGAAAGGAGGAGACACUGCAGUGACCGGGGUGACGCGCAUCGAGCUCCCUCAGUUCUCCAUAGUCGACUACAAACUGGUCUCCAGGAAUGUGGUCUUUUCCACAGGUGCCUACCCUCGACUGUCUCUGAGCUUCAAGCUGAAGCGAAACAUCGGAUACUUCAUCCUACAGACGUACAUGCCCUCCAUCCUCAUCACCAUCCUAUCCUGGGUGUCGUUCUGGAUAAAUUAUGAUGCCUCAGCUGCCAGAGUUGCAUUAGGGAUCACCACUGUCCUGACCAUGACAACAAUCAACACCCAUCUGAGAGAGACUCUGCCCAAGAUCCCCUACGUCAAAGCCAUCGACAUGUACCUGAUGGGCUGCUUCGUCUUCGUCUUCCUGGCUCUGCUGGAAUACGCCUUUGUCAACUACAUCUUCUUUGGAAGGGGUCCUCAGAUGCAGAAGAAGCUGGCAGAGAAGGCACAGAAGGCAAAUAAUGACCGGAAUAAAUUCGACAGGCCCAAGGUCGACUCCCAGGGGAACAUUUUGUUGACAACCUUGGAGAUCCACAACGAGGUGGGAGGGAAUGAGAUCACAACCACCGUGAGCGAGACUCACAACUCUUCAUCCACGGUGUUUGACAACUCGGGGGUCCAGUACAGGAAGCCAAGUGGGCUGCGGGAGCCGGGCCGACUAAGCCUAGACAGGGACGCACAUCUAAAGAAGACCCGUCUGCGGAGGCGAUCCUCGCAGCUCAAAAUCAAAAUCCCAGACCUCACCGAUGUGAACGCCAUCGACAGAUGGUCACGGAUAAUAUUCCCCUGCACCUUCUCCCUCUUCAACUUAAUCUACUGGCUUUAUUAUGUCAACUAA